CACGUCUUCUAAGUAAAGACCUAUACUACGGUUAUGUCCCAACCCCUGUGAUUAGAACAAAUUGAUGCGUCACAUCCUACAAAGACAAUGCAUCCAUAUCAACAUCCCUUAAUAAUAAUCUCACAUUUUCUGUUACUUUCUUCUCAAUAACAUCAAAAGCUUCAUAUAAAACACGACCUAAUUAAGUUACUUCCCCACCCACCAUCACAACUCCAUAUAUCCAACUUCACCCCCCCACCGCUAACACCACCACCACCGACGAGAAGAAACCUUGCGGUUUACCAUGGCAAUUUGGUUGACAAAAUCAAGAACGAUGACCCAUUAUUUAAAGAAAAAGAUUGGUCUGAUGGGAAUUCCCAAUCAAACUCGUAAUUCCCAACCUACUGCUUGUUCAUCAUCAGGAAUUCCGGUCGUUGAGAAUUACGCAACAAGUUUUCCGCAUGUAUGUGCUGGCAACUCCGCCUUCUCUUUCCCCUGUCAGCGAUUCAAAUCCACCGUAGGCGCUGGCCAACUCGAUCCGUUGUACUCUAGUGAUGAUGACAACACUCAGGUCUUGGAUUUUCCUGGAGGCAAGCUUACAUUUAUUUCUGAAAUGAAGUUCAUUUCUGGAUCCAGUCAGAAGAGGGUUCCAUGCUAUCGAAUUCUUGAUGAAAAUGGAGAUCUAAUAGAGAACAGUGAUUUUGACGAGGUAAGCAAGGAAAUUGCAGUGAAGAUGUAUAACGAAAUGGUCACUCUUCAAAUGAUGGAUACCAUAUUCUAUGAAGCACAGAGGCAAGGAAGAAUUUCUUUCUAUGUUACAUCUAUUGGCGAAGAAUCUAUAAACAUAGCAUCAGCAGCUGCACUGACUAAAGAUGAUGUUGUCUUGCCUCAGUAUCGAGAACCCGGAGUACUAUUAUGGCGUGGGUUCACGCUUCAAGAAUUCGCAAACCAGUGCUUCGGAAACAAGGCUGAUUAUGGAAGAGGCAGGCAGAUGCCAAUCCAUUACGGGUCUAACAAGCAUAAUUACUUCACUGUUUCCUCACCUAUAGCUACUCAACUUCCCCAGGCUGUUGGCGUUGCUUAUUCUCUUAAAAUGGAAAAAAAGGAUGCCUGUGUAGUCACAUAUAUUGGAGAUGGCGGUACCAGUGAGGGAGAUUUUCAUGCUGCUUUGAACUUUGCAGCUGUAACGGAAGCACCUGUCAUUUUUAUCUGUCGCAACAAUGGUUGGGCCAUCAGUACCCAUAUAUCCGAGCAAUUUCGAAGCGAUGGCAUUGUUGUUAAGGGUAAAGCUUAUGGCAUCCAAAGCAUCCGGGUAGACGGAAAUGAUGCCCUUGCUGUGUACAGAACAAUUCGUGCAGCUCGCCAAAUUGCUGUAAGCGAACAAAGACCUGUAUUAGUUGAGGCCCUUACAUAUAGAGUGGGACACCACUCCACAUCCGAUGAUUCCACCAAGUAUCGGCCAGCAGAUGAGAUUGAAUACUGGAAAAUGGCGCGAAACCCUGUAAAUAGAUUUAGAAAAUGGGUUGAAAGAAAUGGCUGGUGGAGCGAUAAAGAAGAAUCAGAGCUCAGAAGUAGUGUCAGGAAGCAGCUAUUGCAAGCAAUUCAAGUGGCAGAGAAAACAGAGAAACCUCCACUUGGAGACAUGUUCACCGAUGUUUAUGAUAUUCCAUCAUCAAAUCUUCGUGAACAAGAGAAACAGCUUAGAGAAACUAUCAGUGCACAUCCACAGGACUAUCCAUCUGUUGUACCGAGUUAAAAUCAAGAACUCUAGCAUAGUGGAUUAGAGUGAAAUAACCCACUACACUCCUGAACAUGUUACGAACUCUCAUUCUCCAAAACUUUUACAGCCUCACAUGAUAGGCUAUCUUUUAACACUCAGUAACUCUCUUGCACUCCCACAGAAUGGCCAAGGCCAUCUUUAUAGGCCAAUAAUAUCAGUGACUGACAAGGGCUUCUACA